UGUUUUGUUUUGUAAGAUUUACAAAGAAAGAAAAUUGCGUGAUGAAGUAAACAGAGAACCGAGUGCCUCAAAAAAAGUUCUUCAUAGUGGUAGAGUUGUGGAGUCUGUCUUAGUGAACGAUUUUUGGACCCCAUUGUUCUCCUAAACCCUGAUGGAGAGGUUUGAAAGAAAGAGGGCUGUAUCAGGGUUUGCUGUAGACCUGCUCUCCGAGUGCCUGGACAGUACUAGAGAUGUGAUUGCUAGAUGUUCAGAUGGAGAAGUAUUAUUCAACAGAUAUUUCCUGGGUUUAUUGAGUCCUGUUCUCUACAGGAUAUUCAAUGAUUGUCUCUACAACUCCCUCCCCCAGAUCUCCAUCCUCCUCCCCGACUUUACGAAGCACGAAGUCAAGAAGUUAAAGAAACUAGUUUCCCAAGAUGAGAGUUUAAAUCCCAAAUCAGGAUUGUCAGAUGCUCUAGCGUUGAUGCGGCCCCUGGAGAAAAGAUCGAAGAUAGUUUCUCCGAUCUCGAGAAAAACUGCUGGUAAGGGGGUUUCGAGCUACUACGAGACUAUCCCUGAUAUAUCAAACCUGGAUUCUCUGGAUCUGUUUGAUCCAAUGUAUCUCGAAGAUAUUGAAAUACAAAACGAGGAAAAUCUGUCUCUUACUAUUCAUAGUGCUGAUGUUGAACUAAUGACUCCUACGCUUAAAAAAUCCAAAUCAAAGAAACCAAAACAUUCUCCGAAACCGAAGUCCCGGAAGAAGGACGACCGGACGGAGACGAAUGGAGAUCGGAAGACCCUCCAUGAGGUUCCUGCCCCCUGCUCCGGUUGCGGUGAGAGGUUGGAGACUAAGUUGUUGAUGGAAAAACAUAAAAAGGACUGUUCUACAAAUAAUAUCAUUUGCUCAAUUUGUGAUAAAUCUUUCAGAACAGAAACACAGUUAUCUGCGCACACGGAGAAGGUUCACUCUGAUGAACCCCGGAGUCUGAGUUGUCAGUUCUGUAAUAAAUCUUUCAAGAAAAUAUUCCAGCUUCAAAACCAUCUCAGGGUUCAUUCAGGAGAGAGACCAUUUAUUUGUCACACGUGCGGGAAAGCAUUUAAUCAGGAGGCAACUUUGAGAACACACUUGAGAAUUCAUACAGGGAUGAAACCUCAUGUUUGUGGAGACUGCGGGGAGUCAUUUAUUACAGGGAAUUCCCUUCUCUCUCACAAGCAGUGGAAGCAUACUGAUGGAAGCCGACCCUUCCUCUGCUCCUUCUGCUCCAAAAGUUUCCCGACGAAGGGAGCCGUCAAGAAACAUGAAACUAUUCAUAAAACAGAGAAGAGACAUUCUUGUGAUUUGUGUGAUAAAGUGUUUGCGCGGUCUGAUCAUCUCAAAUCACACGUGAGAUCUCACCAAAACUAUGAUAAGCCUAAGAUUAAGCUGGACGAGGAUGUCAAAUAUAAAAUCACCGCUAGCGGCAAAACUGUCUGAUUAAGAGUAAAACAAUUUUUUACAAUAUUUUUUUUACAAAAUGUAUUUAUUUAUAAAUAUUAUUUAUUUCAGA